ACUUGGUCGUUCUCAUUACUUCUUGAAUGAAAGUUUUUUUUUCUGCGAGUGAUGAUUAAUUUCAAAAUUGCUUGUCGUGGGUAACUUGAUACUACUGAAGAAUGAAUUUGUCUUUGAAUUUCGAUAGACUGUGAAGACGUUAAACUGGUUGAAAAGUUGUACGAAACAUUGGUUUGGAUUAAAAUAGUGUCUUGAUCAAGACCUGCAAAUGGCUGAAAUCACUUCCGACGUCUUCGAUAUUUUUCAUCCAACUCCAGUUCCCCUGCGAGAGUUAUCAGCGAUCGUCAUCAGUCUCGAAAUAUGGCGCUGCGAAAUGAAUAAACACCGUUCGAGCGAUACAUUGAAAGAGUUUAGUCCAUCUGGUGAACUUAUCUCAUUGAAAACUAUACUCGUUCCUGAUUUGCCGUCUGUGAUUUAUCCCAUGAUUGAUAAAUAUGUCAAAAUAUUUGGACAUUCGAUGAAUGGCUGGCUACAGAUCCAUUACAGAAUAGUAUUUCAUUUUCAUUACGGUGAUGAAAACUCUGUUUUGGAAUACUUCGAAGAUUUCGUGUGCGAUUACGACGGAUCCAUUCAUUACGAGAGAACUGCCAAACGUAUGAUGCAUUGUGAUCGAUUUGAUGUGCAUCAAAAGUUCCUAAUUGCUAGUACGUAUUGUUUCGAAGACGAUAUCGUACGAAUUUGGCCACUUGGAUUGAAAAAGACGGACUCGAUGUAUGUAAACUAUUCUAAAAAUUCGCAUUUCAAGUACUGGAGUUAUUUUCUCGAAAAUGUUCCCAUGGAAGACGACGUGGUCGAAGAAGUGAUGUUUCGUGACUUCAUGCCUCUCAAUGGACCAUCUAUGAAAUAUUUUUGGAAUCGUGUUCCACCUGAAAAUCGUUUACAAAAAGCUAUCAAUGUUUUUGCCCGUAAUUUACGAUCGUUUGUUCGAUACAUUUUACCAAAAUUGGACCAUCAGCAGCUCGAUGAAUUUCUCAUGCAGGAUGGUUGUGAAUUGAUGUAUGCUCUGUUGAAAAAUGCUAUUUAUGAUGAAGAGGUUGUCUUACGUACGUGGGCAUAUGUUAAAAAUGCUACGAACGAAAUUGUUUUUGCAAAUCUGAUUGCGAUAAUAUUGAAAUGCGAGUUUACGGGUUACUGCGUGCGCUCCAAAUCCGAAUCGAAUAAGGAUGACCGUGAUUUGGAAAACUUUCUUAAUUUAUGUCUUGAAGUAUGGAACAGUGCUCCGGAAAACUUGAAACGUUCGGCUGUUGAAAAAAUCGCAUUGAAUAAUGCAUUAUAUGACGACUUCCUAUUCGUGAUUAGACUUCCGCCGCACUGGAGAGAAUUUAAAUUCUUAUUGGCUAUUCUUCCGUAUGCCACUUAUGAGAAGAGAAACGCUUUUUGGCAUAGUGGCUGGCAUCGUUUGAUUUAUGAGAUACGAGGCGAAGAUUUGCACGAAAUCAUGAAGCUAUGUUUUCAAAACGAUGACGAGGUUACUCAAUUUAAGAAAAACGUCAUGGCUAAUAACAACAGCGUCCUUGACCUUUGUGCAUUUCUCCUCCGAGAUACGUAUUUUAACGGUUUGAAUGAUUUUGUAAGCUUUUUACUGCCCGAAAUUCAAGCAGCGAGAAAUUUCAAACAGCAAUUAUUACAGUCUACUUUUUUCAAAGAUCGACAUUUUUAUUUUAGUAAGAUUUUUAUCCAGAAAUCGAAAGAAUUCGACGAAUUUAUCAGCGGAGCUUAUAACGAUGUUGAUGUAGCCAAGAAUUUUAAAAAUCAAUUCGUGUCGUUACCUUCAAUCCAAAAACGAAUAUUGGACUGUGCUUCAUUCGUUCCUAUUGAACAGCUUAUCAAAUUUACUGACUUAUUUGUUUCGAAUGAAGAAAUCCUGCUGCAAAUAGAAACACGUAUAGUUGAUUUUUCGAAAAAAAGGAACGAUUUUCUUGAAUCUAUGUCUAAGUAGGGAUAAGUACUACAUUCUUCACUUCUUUUAUGGUGUUUAAGAAGCGACGAGAAAGUUAUGUUAUUCAAGUUGAAGUAUGUACUUGUAAUGUAAAGUUCAUUUUCAUUGUAUUACCAUCAUCUGUGUAUUUUUCAUAUUUUGUUUGAUAGAUGAUAUUAUUUUUUGGUAUUUUUUGCUUCGUGUGAAUGGAUGAUUAAUUUUACUGUAAUGUAGUUUCUGGCAAAUUGAUUUUAAAUCUCUAUUCCAAUUGAUGGCAGGUACUGCGAUGUUUUCGAAUAAUUAUUGAUGGCUUAUUCCUCAUCACUUGAAUUGAAAGUGAUUCGAGUUCAAUAGGUAUUUGUAAUUUCACUGGAAUUUGUUUUACGAGUUCCUACGUAUGCUUUUCAAUAAGUUACACGAACCUUUUUGAAUAGGUAGGUACUUCUAGGGCGUGAGCAGAUUUUUGGAAGUUGACAUUUCCAAGAAUUUCACACUAUAAAGUUGAAAACUAAAAGGAGUGGAGUCGGAAAAAAUUAUGGAAGGUGAUUUGGCCCCUCGGAUUUUGAAACUAACGAGUGGGUUUGAAAUGACUUCAAAUGAUGAAAGGUGCUUUGUAUGAGCUUUAACAGGGUGUCUGA